UUGGGUCUGUCAGAGCAGAGGAUCAACAUCCUGUCACAUGACUAUGGAGACACUGUAGCUUUCGAGUUACUGUACAGGAAUGACCAUAACAGAAGUGGACACAUCACGAUAAACAGCCUCUGCCUCUCAAAUGGAGGAAUAUUCCCAGAGACUCAUUAUCCAAGAUUCGGUCAGAAAGUGCUGAAGGACUCUGGUUUCAUUUCAUCUGUACUUACCCGCCUAAUAAACUUCCAGCUUUUCUCUAGAGGAAUAAGGGAUGUGUUUGGACCGUACACCCAGCCAACAGAAGCCGAGUUCUGGGACAUGUGGACAGGAAUUCGCUUUAACGAUGGAAAUCUGGUCAUGGACAGUAUCCUGCAGUACAUUAACCAGAGGCUGAAACACAGAGAGAGAUGGGUCGGGGCUCUAACCUCCACUUCAACACCAUUGCACAUGAUUUAUGGACCACUAGAUCCAGUUAAUCCACAUCCAGAGUUCAUCCAGCUCUACCAGAAACUAGUGCAGAGAUCCACACUAUCAGUUCUAGAUGAGCAUGUGAGUCAUUAUCCACAGCUGGAGGAUCCCACAGGCUUCUUUAAUGCCUACCUCAGCUUUAUCAACUCAUUCUGAGAUGAGUAAUGAGAGGAAUAUUGCCUCAAAUAAGUCAUUAGAAAAUAUUGCAAUCUGUUUAUUACCAAACCGCAGAGUAUGUGAAAUGUCAGUCAUGUGUUUAAAUGCAUGAAACUGAAAGUAUUGCACCAAAGUCAUUACAACAGUCAAUAAGAGUUU